CACUCAGUCCACUCUACUCGACUAAUACUCGACCGGAAUCCCCUCUAUUUUACUCGAAGCCACCACUUCACUCCAGCCCAUAGCUCGAGUUCAAUCGGGCACCCUCUGUACAACAAGCCAGCCAUUUGUUAUUCCCCAGCAGUAUGCCAGUACGAUAUCGUGGGUUGAAUCGUAUCCGCAACAGCUUCAAGCACAACUGGCGAUGUCUUCGGCGCAACCCACUAGGCGAGCUCGCAGGGUCACUAGGAGAUCUGGGGACACUGCUGCCGAUCCUGAUCGCUCUCACCGCCGCAAAGUCGAUAUCUCUUCCGUCGACGCUCGUUUUUAGCGGGAUAUGGAAUAUCAUUAGCGGGACGUUGUUUGGAAUUCCGCUUGUGGUGCAACCAAUGAAAGCCCUCGCUGCGGUGUCGCUUUCGCGGGGGCUCAGUUUGGAGGAGACAAUGGCGGCCGGUAUCGGAGUCGGCGUAAUAGUAUUGCUUCUCUCGGUCACCGGAUUGUUGGCGCGGGUGUCCGAGCUCAUUCCCGUGCCGAUCAUCAAGGGCAUCCAGGUUGGGGCGGGAAUAUCUCUAGCACUAAACGCGGGGGCGACACUGCAGGGGCUGGAACUCAACAGCACGCUGUGGUACGACAAUCUCUUCUGGGCGAUCGGGGCGUUCAUCAUUCUCUACGGGACGUGCAGAUGGCCGCGGAGGUGUCCGUUCGCUAUAUUGGUUUUCGUAGUGGGAGGGCUGUUUGCGGGCGUUCAGCUAGCUAAGAGCGGCGACGAACUCCCGCACAUUGGCUACAAGAGUCCGUUCGUGAAGGUCUCGCCGACACCAGAGGACUUUGCGACAGGAUUUGGAACGGCGGGGUUGGGACAGGUGCCGUUGACAGUGCUCAACUCGAUCAUUGCCGUUACUUACCUCAGCCGCGAUCUACUCCCGGACCAACCCGCCCCCGGCGUUACAGCUCUCGGACUCUCCGUCGCGGUGAUGAACUUGGUAGGUUGCUGGUUUGGAGCAAUGCCUGUCUGUCACGGCUCAGGGGGUCUAGCAGGACAGUACAGGUUCGGCGCACGGUCGGGCUCAUCGGUGCAGAUACUUGGAAUCUUCAAGAUCGCCGUAGGCCUGCUCUUCGGCAGCUCGCUAACCGGCCUCCUCGAACGGUUCCCAAAGUCAUUCCUAGGGAUAAUGGUCUUCGCAGCAGGAAUGGAGCUCGUCUCGGUCGGCGAAAACCUCAAUUCGACAGCACCCGACAUAUUCCAUCUCGACCUCGAUAGCGAAGCCGCAGGGUUGGACAAGCAGACACGCAAAGAUAGGUGGAUGAUCAUGAUGGUAACUGUGGGGAUCUUUGUCGCUUUCCGCAACUGUUUUGUCGGGUUCAUGGCGGGCUGUCUGUGCUGGGCCCUGUUGGAAGUGCAGAAUCGGAUGGACGCGAGAAGGGAUGGGGAGAGUAGCAGCGGCGAGACGACUCCGUUGCUGAGAUGAGGAAUGAGAGUGCCCGCGGGGGGCGUGAGUCAAUUUUGUAUGAGUAUGCGAGUAUUGGACCCUACAAUUCAUUAUCAUCAUUGAGCC